AUGGCCUCAACCAUGCUCAAACACCUUCUUUUCUUCACUGUAGCUGUCUUCGCCACUUCUUGGAUUGCCCAAGCAAGUGAUCCAGAUAUCUUGUCCGACUUCAUAUUCCCCGCAAAUUCUAAUGCCAUUAAUGGCAGUUUCUUCACCUUUACUGGAAUGCGAGGAGUGCUUGAUUCCCCAGUCCCACCAAACUUUAAGGUGACCAAAGCUAGCAUGGUUGAGUUCCCGGCUCUAAAUGGUCAGAGUGUCUCUUUCGCUGUUCUCCAGUACCCUGCAGAGGGUGUAAACCCGCUUCACACCCACCCCCGUUCUGCAGAGCAUCUGUUUGUCGUGGAAGGUGCCCUUGUGGUUGGUUUUGUUGACACCACCAACAAACUCUACACUCAGACGCUCGAACUCGGGGACAUGUUUGUGUUUCCUAAGGGACUAGUGCACUUUCAGUACAAUGCUAAUGCCCAAGAACCGGCCGUCGCUAUCUCUGCCUUUGGCAGUGCAAAUGCUGGAACUGUUUCAGUUCCCCUCUCUGUGUUCGCUACUGGCAUCGAUGAUGGAAUCCUGGCCAAGUCUUUCAAAACCGAUGUAGCUACCAUUCAGAAGAUCAAGGCAGGACUUGGGGGCAAGGCCUAA